GUGGGACGCCCACCUGCCGCCCCGACGGGAGGCCCCCCGCCGCCGCAGCCGCUGCCCGGGGCCGGGCGCCCGCAGCGGCACCAUGAGUCCCCGCUCGUGCCUGCGUUCGCUGCGCCUCCUCGUCUUCGCUGUCUUCUCGGCCGCCGCGAGCAACUGGCUGUACCUGGCCAAGCUGUCCUCGGUGGGGAGCAUCUCGGAGGAGGAGACGUGCGAGAAGCUCAAGGGCCUGAUCCAGAGGCAGGUGCAGAUGUGCAAGCGCAACCUGGAGGUGAUGGACUCGGUGCGCCGCGGUGCCCAGCUGGCCAUCGAGGAGUGCCAGUACCAGUUCCGGAACCGGCGCUGGAACUGCUCCACGCUCGACUCGCUGCCUGUCUUUGGCAAAGUGGUGACGCAAGGGACUCGGGAGGCGGCCUUCGUGUACGCCAUCUCUUCAGCAGGUGUGGCCUUUGCGGUGACACGAGCGUGCAGCAGUGGGGAGCUAGAAAAGUGUGGCUGUGACCGGACAGUACAUGGGGUCAGCCCACAGGGUUUCCAGUGGUCAGGAUGCUCGGACAACAUCGCCUACGGCGUGGCCUUCUCACAGUCGUUCGUGGACGUGCGGGAGAGAAGCAAGGGGGCCUCAUCCAGCCGGGCUCUCAUGAACCUUCACAACAACGAGGCCGGCAGGAAGGCCAUCCUGACACACAUGCGGGUGGAGUGCAAGUGCCACGGGGUGUCAGGCUCCUGCGAGGUAAAGACAUGCUGGCGAGCCGUGCCGCCCUUCCGCCAGGUGGGCCACGCGCUGAAGGAGAAGUUUGAUGGCGCCACCGAGGUGGAGCCGCGCCGUGUGGGCUCCUCCAGGGCGCUGGUGCCGCGCAAUGCGCAGUUCAAGCCGCACACAGAUGAGGACCUGGUGUACUUAGAGCCCAGCCCGGACUUCUGCGAGCAGGACAUGCGCAGCGGCGUGCUGGGCACGAGGGGCCGCACGUGCAACAAGACGUCCAAGGCCAUCGACGGCUGUGAGCUGCUGUGCUGCGGCCGCGGCUUCCACACGGCACAGGUGGAGCUGGCUGAGCGCUGCAGCUGCAAAUUCCACUGGUGCUGCUUCGUCAAGUGCCGGCAGUGCCAGCGGCUGGUGGAGCUGCACACGUGCCGGUGACUGCCGCCCUGCCUGCGCCCAGCAACCACCCAGUGGCCCGGGGAAGGCCGAUAAUUUAAACAGUCCCCCACCACCUACCCCAAAAGAUACUGGUUAUAUUUUUUGUUUUGGUUUGGUUUUUGGGUCCUCACGUUAUUUAUUACUGAAACCAGGCAGGUGACCCCCCCCCCCAAGGCACCAACUGGGGCCUCGCUGAAGCCUGGGCCUUCGUGGCUGCCACUGACCAAAGGGACUUUGCUCGUGCUUCUGGCUGUCCACGUGUGGCUGCUGCUGACCACUCAGUUGCUAUCUAUAUCCGUUUUUCUACUUGUAGACUUCAAGUGGGUAACAGGAGUGUUACAGCACCACGCCUACUGACCCUGCCAUCGAGAGAAAGGGGUGGGGGAGAAUCGCUGCCGUUUUGAUGGAAGCUGCACCCCCACACAUACACACGAACCUGUGGCAGCUUCAGCCCAGUAGCCUUGUCUUCUCAAGCCGCCCCCGAGAAGGGAAUGGGCAGACACCAGGUCAAGGGCAAAGGGUGAAUGUCGGCCCUCCAUGAGCAGCUGGAGGUUCGAUUUCUGUGGGACCCUCCAGGCAGGAAGAGCAGGUGAGAUGAAGGCAAGAGAAGGCUAUAGUUCCAGCCCAGAGCCCAGCCUGCCUGGCCACCCGCUCAUAGAGGGAAACCCCCCACCCUGCUCCCUCCUGGGCAGGAGUAUAGGCUGUCAUCCUGGAUCAGAGAUCGCAGCUGGGCCUCUGCAGUGAGGCCCCGUGGGAGUCUCCUCCUCAGUGCUGCUCCUGAAACUAAGAAUGGAUCUCUCACUCACACACACACACACACACACACACACACACACACACACACACCGCCCCGAGGAAAGGGCUCUGUGAGAAAGCCCUCUCCCAACCGUUACUUCACACAACCAAAUUUAUUGAGCAAAUACUAUGUUCUAGGCCCUGUGUGGGGCCAUCUCACUGGGUAAUGGACAAGACAGUGAUGCUUUUGUGCCCAUUUUACAGCAGAGAGGGCCACGCCAGCCGGGUCCCAGAGCGAGCUAGAUGCAGGGGCACAACCACCACAGGAACCCUCCAGCCAAGGCUCCUCCUGGGCUCCUGCACCCAAAGGCCCAGAAACUGCAGGUCUCCUUGGGUCUGAGCCUUGGGGAGGGGGCUCUGGCUAGAAGGAGAGGGGCCGUGAGGCAGCCGGAGGCACAGACUGCAGGCUGGGCUGGAGCCCACGUGGUUCCUGAGGGCAGAGCAGCUCUGAGGGACAAGGUGGACAGCUGGAAGGCUGAUGAAGAGAGGUCUCAGCAGCUGAGGCACCCCUGCCCCCGGGUCCCGUGGGUGCUGGAGUCAGCACCAGCACCUCGGGCCUGGCCCUGCGUACCAGCCAGACUGUCGGGAGUCCAGCCUAAACUUCUGUGAGCCGGACAAGCACACAGCAAGGUCUGGCCUGACCCAAGUGCUUCUAGGGUGGGCUCCCAGCCCCGGGAGGAGCUUGCUGUCAGCCCAGUCUCCAGGCUGCCCCCACACUGGAGGUCUAGGCCUCCUGGUUUGAGGUCUUGAGCUCUGGGAUCUCCACUGGAGGUUCUCAGACCCCGAGCUCUUAGCUCCAGGGCUCAGCGUCUGAAUUCAAAGUCCCAGAUUCCGAAUCCAGGCGCCGGCCUAGAGCAGCUCUCCUCGCCUUGCGGUGCCUCCUGGUGUUGGCUCCCUCGCGAAGAGAAGGUCAACACCCUUGGCCUCCAGCCAAGCUCUCUGCUCAAUGUCCACCCAAGAAGGCCAAAACCAAGUGAGAUGCGGGAGCCACAUUCGACUGUGGGGAUAAUCUUGGGGCAGGCAGGCUCCGAUGUGGAUGAAAGCUGAGCCGACUGAGUGUCCCUGCAGCUGCCCAGCUGGGCUCACUGCUCCUCUGGCGGGCUCUGCUCAGCUGUCCGCUCAGCGCCAACGGAAGUACGAUCCCUCACUGGCAGAGGCCAGACCCAGACGAAGGAAGCAGUGGAGACCCCUCUGCCUCCAGAGACAGGGCUGAGCCACUCUCCCCCACCCUCAAGUCCUGUCUCCAGAGCCAAGGGAACAGUAGAUCCAGGCUGGAUGCUGGUGUUAAGGACACGGCCCUCAGUAAGACAUGCUCGUUCAUAGGCUUCGCCUUUCCGCCUGCCAGGGGGCUCCUCAAAGCUGAUCCUCCUGGGGUUCUCAAGGGUAUAACCUCGCUGAAGCAGAUCAGAUUCUAGAAACCUCUGCCCAGCCCUACCACCACCACCACCAGCACCCCAAAGGCCAAGGGAUCCACAGCCGCAGGAAAACAGAGCUUCCUUGAACACGUCCUCCUCCACACUGUCCCAAAGAAAGAGGAAGAACCAGUACAGGCCCGACUUAGCCCACCCACUCUGGACGCUGGCCGGAGGGUCCGAGUCCUGCCCCAAACCUUCUCCACUGGUCUUGCCACAGGCAAAGGCGAUGUCCUCCGAGGCCUCGGGCUGGAUAGGCCCCAGCUCUAGAUGCUGCUGCCCCCUCUGCUGCCUCACUCCAUCCUCCAAUUUUUAUACUAGGCUCCUUGCCGUUGUGACAUCCCCAUGAAAUAGUCUGAUGCACAAUAAAACGAUUAUUUCUUUAUCU